UCCGUUCCAACCCUAGGAUCCAUGCGGAAGUCCGUUGCCUUCCCGUCGCGGCUAGGGUUAGGGCGGAAGGAGGCGAUCCGGGCGGCGAGGCUGCUUCCCCUCCCGUCCUCCUCCCCUACUUCUCCUUAACCGUUACCAAAGGCCGCGGCGGUGGAGGUAGUCGCCCCUUUUCUGUGCGUUCGCUCUCCAGAGAGGUUCGUAAGUGUAAGCCGGCGCGAGGCUUUGUGAUGCUAUUAGACCCAAGAAAGUAGAUAAGUAGUAGUAGUAGGCGGAGGAGGAGGAGGAGGAGCAGGAGGGCGAGAUGUUGAAGACCGGAUCUACUUCUCGCGACAAAGCCGCGAGAUCCAACGCUAACGCUAACCCCAGCAUGGGUUCAGCAAUGGAGACCAUAUCUAAGGCUUCUUUGAAGGUUCCUUUGCCCAACGCCGGCAGCAAGAAGCGGUCGGAUGGUGCCUCGACCUCGGUGCUGUUGAAGAGCAAGGAGGUUAAGCUAAAGAACAGCAAGCCAACUCCUGAGCUUGCUGAAAUUGGGAGUGAAGAGACAGAUCUUAGCACAUCAGAAGGGUAUGAUUCGUCAUGGAUUUCUUGGUUCUGUGGGUUACGUGGUAAUGAGCUCCUCUGUGAAAUUGAUGAGGACUACAUACAAGAUGACUUCAACUUAUGUGGGCUUCAAGGACUGGUCCCCUAUUAUGAUUAUGCCUUAGACAUGAUUUUGGACAAUGAUUCACUAAGUGCUUUUCCUCCUCUCAAGGAUAUUUGUUCAGGUGACAUUGAUGGCGAAGAACAUAGUCAGGUUGAAUCUGCUGCAGAGCAAUUAUAUGGUCUUAUACAUGCUCGUUAUAUUGUAACCAGCAGAGGGUUAAAUGCAAUGCAUGAGAAGUACAAAAAAGCAGAUUUUGGAUGCUGUCCUCGAGUUUUUUGUGGGGGACAGCCAUGCUUACCAGUGGGUACAUCAGAUAUUCCCCACAAUGGAUCUGUAAAGAUCUAUUGUCCAAAAUGCGAAGAUGUUUACUUUCCAAGAUGCAAAUACCAGAGUAAUAUGGAUGGUGCAUACAUUGGCACAACAUUUCCUCACCUGUAUUUGAUGACAUAUCCUACAUCAAAACCUCCAGCAGAAGUCCAGCAUUAUGUGCCGAAGGUUUUUGGAUUCAAGUUGCAUAAAGGUACCAAACAAUUGUUCGACACAUCGACUAAUACCUUGUAGCAUGUUAACUAAAUUUGUAUUUGGUCCGAGAGCAGGUCAAUCGUGCUCCUUUUAUAUGCUUGAUUGCUCUAUGAUAAAAAUGCAUUAUGAAUUGCUUUCGCCGAUGACUCUAUUGGAUGCAUCGUGUGAAUGUUGGUUUUGUUGUCUGAAUUACUUGUAGCCCUGUAAAAUUUUUGGACACUGGCCUAAGAAUGUAUUGCUUGUGGCCUCCUUGAUGCAUUUUUCCUCUACCUUGUUUCA